UGUGCACGGAGAUACACACACUUUCCGGUCAAGUUCCAAAUGGAUAAAUACUAACCUUUUGUUUGAAAACAAAUUAUCUGGAGAGAGAGACGAGACAGAGCAUGAGGCAGCGUGGAAGAGAUACCGCAUUGUGGGGGUAGAGCAAGGAGAACAGGCAGUUGCGAGCCAGUGAGGAGCAGGGGAGGAGAUUGAAGUAGAAGGGAUGGGAAGUGUAGAUUAGCACACUUGUUCUUCAUCUGUGUUGCGGUUUACCACUCGGAAUCAGGGAUUAAUUCACAGCCGCUCUGCCACUCUGUGCUUGUCAGGCUGCCUGUGAGGCUACUACUGUAUCAUCAUGUGAGGCAGCUGGAAUGUGAUAGAGAGCCAGACUGCCAAGGAGGUGACGCCAUCACCAGGGAGGGAGAGUUGCCCUGGACCACUUCUGCUUCUGAUCGCUGCCUCCUGCACCUAGCCUUCUCAGUUUGUUUUGCUGUGUUGCGUGUGUGUGUUUGUGUAUGUGAGAGAACAGUGUGUGUCUGGGUGGAUAUGUGUGUGUGACACAGAGAGAAACACAGCCGCAGCGGAGGAAGGAGGAGCCAAGCAACCAGGGAGGGAGCUGGAUGCUCGCGGGUUGCCGUGACAGCACCACAGCCGGCUGUUUCUAGUGACGACUGAUGCAAGAAUGUGUGUCUGAACUGUUCUAGGGAGGGGGAACCAGCGGCUGUCUGUGUCCAGCCCAGCUUGCAGUGUCCUGGGUGCUCCUUCUGUGCCUGUCUAUCUGUCCGUCACAGAGGUUGGAGGUGGCCCUUGCUUUUUCACAACGCGGUACUCAGCACCUUGAAGAUGGUCAACCUCCUCCUCCUCUUCCUCCUCAUGCGUCCCUGUGAUCUCCAACAGAAGCAGCAGCACUACCGGGCUCUCUCCUCUGUCGUGCUCUGUACCACUGGGGGCUCUAUGGUGCUAAGCUCCGGGUGAUCCUGCUUACCUGCAGCUUAGCCCCCUCUCCUCCCUCCUACCCUGUGUGGUGAACAGGACUGAACCCCCACCAGUGUGGUCAACCUCUAGGUUACCUUGGUCUGACCCCAGCACUACCCAGCCACUUGCUUUCUGCUCCACUGCCAGUGAAAAACAAUGACUUCUCAAGAGGAGGAAGCAUCGUUCAGCAGGUUCUUCCAGUAUGUGGAGGACAGUGGACUCAGGGCCUAUGACGGACUGGUCAUCCAAAAUGCCUCUGACAUCGCCCGUGAGAGCGACCGCGUCCGGAAAGAGACCAACUGGGCCUACCUUCAGGAGAAACACGAUAAGAAGAGAAGACAGGAAGAAGCCAUUAAGAGGAUCGGUGAGGAUGUGGCGAGGGCGACGGAGGGAAGCUACGCAGGGAAACACUUCCGCAUGGGCUUCAUGACCAUGCCGGCGCCCCAGGACCGCCUUCCCUCCUCCUGUGGCCAGGGCUUCACUGUGCGUUCCCAGUCUCUACACUCCGUUGGUGGGGGUGACGAGGAUGGGAGCCCCAACUCCCGUAAGCAACCGCCGCCCAAACCCAAGAGAGACCCCAACACCAAGCUCAGCAUCUCCUCUGAGGGUGUAAACUCUGGAUCUGCCUCCAGCAAUUGCAACAGCGACAGCCUGGUCAAGUUUGACCGGUCCAAGUCGCGACCGUUCAGUGAGGAGUACAAGCGGAUCCCUCCUCCCAAGCCAAAGAGGAACCCUAACACGCAGCUGAGUACCUCCUUUGAUGAGUCCUACAUCCAGAAUCAUGGCAACAGGAAGGAAGGAAGGAGGGAAAAGUCCUCAUCGCAGAGCCAGAGCCCGAGCCCAGCCCCAGACACGGAGGAUGAGGACGAGCCUGUCUACAUCGAGAUGGUGGGUAACAUUCAUAGGGACCUGAAGCAACGCCUCCUGGAGGACGAGGACCAGAGUGAGUCGGUCUAUGAGGAAAUGAAAUACCCCAUGUUCGACGACAUGCUCCAGGACGCUAAGUGGGAACAGGACAUGGAGCAGGGUCGUUCCUCCUCCUCCCACACCACCCCCCGGGGGUCCCUCUGUGACAUCCCCGCCCCCUUCCCCAACCUGCUCACCCACCGGCCGCCCUUGCUGGUCUUUCCGCCAGCGCCUGCCCAGUGCUCGCCUAACUCGGAUGAAUCACCCCUCACCCCGCUGGACGUCACAAAGCUGCCCAUGCUGGAGAAUGUUGCCACUGGGUACACCAACAAGCCCGGGGGGGGUGCCUCACCCACAACCUCUGAGGCUCCUCCCCCCUCCUCCUCCCCCCACCACCGCAAGGGAGAGAGAGAGAGAGACAGGAAACGAGAACGGGAGAAGGAUAGAGAGCGGGUAGAGCGGGAUCACCAAUUCACCCACACUAUCACUGCGUCUGGUCGCUCCUCUGCCCCUCCCAUGCCCUCCACUCUCUACAAGGCAUCGGCGUCGGCCCAUGGGUAUCCCAGAAGCCAUUCCGCAUGUCCAUCACCUGUAAGCAUGGGCCGCUCGAUCACACCGCUCAGCCUCAAGCGCCCACCACCUUAUGACGCCCUGAAGCUAGGCGGCAGCAUGCCUCGAUCCACCUCCUCCGUUGCGCAUGCCGCCAAGAGCUCGGUUGGUAAGGAAGGGGGAGGCAAACUGAGUAACUCUUCUUCGGCCCACAGCUCCAUGCAGAAUGUGUCGCGUUCCCGCACCCCUACAAGCCCCCUGGAUGAACUCACCAACCUGUUUACCGGUGGACGGAAUAUGCUAAAGAAGGGAUCGGGAGGGAGGAAGGUCAAGGAGUCCGCUGAAUGUGAGGCCAAGACCAGGAGCCACAGUACAGAACCUCUAUCCAGGCACGAGAGCAAAGCUCACCACGGAGGCAGCCAGGAGUCUCCCAAAUCCCAGGAGUGGGAUGGGCCCUCCGGACAUUCAUCCAACCCCACUGCCAUGCCCAGCCGCCUGGGACGCUCUUCUGUCAGCCCCACCAUGAUGCUGGGGAGUGGGGUCACAGAAUCCAAAGCGGUGUGCAAACUGGGCCGGUCAGCCUCUACAUCGGGGGUUCCUUCCCCGUGCGGUACUCCCCAGCACCAGCCCUUCGAGCCCCAGCCAGGCUAUAGUCAGAUGAUCCCCCCCAUGCUGUGGGCUUGCGGAGACAACACCAUGAUGGAGAUGAUUGAGAAGAAGCGCAGCCUGUGUCGGGAGAUCAAGGCCCGCCGGGGGCCAGCAGACAACAACCUGUGUAAGCAGGACAGCAUGCCCAUCUUGCACAGCUGGAGGAAGAGCAGCAAUGGGACCAAGAAGUAUGGCGGCCCUCCCCCUUACUCCACACAGACCACCGUCUUCUGGGACACGGCUAUCUGACAGGAGUGAUCCACCCUGUCCUGGGCCUUGUCACGGGCCUUGUUCAAAUGGAAGAACCAGGACUUGACCAGUAUGUCCAAGACUACCUGGACUUGACUAGUAAGAAACACAUUUUGUUUUCCGUUGCAAAACAUUUUAAAACGUUUCUGUUGCCUGUCCUAAUGAACACAACCCUGUCCUCAGACUCCUCCCCCUUCCUUUCACAAGCCAGAUAUGGGCAUUGAGCUGGUGAACAAUCAGAACACAGGGAGACAAGAGUUCCCCCCCACCUCUCUGUUGUAGCAAUUCAAAUAUCUGGUGUAUCUCCCUGGUUUCGUAUUGCUAAUUUAUAUUUAAAAAAAUUGUACCUCAGUAAUUGUCUUAAUAUUGAAUAUGCUUAGUACAAUUAUAUAUUUUCUAAAGAUGAAAAAAUAUAAAAUAAUUAGCAAAUUUUAGUCUACUGUUGUUAAAUGGUUUUUCAAACCUUGUCUUGGAUAUUUAUGUUGCAACGACACUUGUCUGUGCGUUGGAGAAAAUAAUAUGUUGCCAAUACGUUGAGCCAAUUCAGUAAGAACACCAUGUUUUUUUAUACAAAAAAAUCUAAAGGAUAAAUGUUCUUAUUACUAUGAAAAAAGCACUAAUUUUAAAUGGAA